CUCAGGCCGUUAACGAGACCCCUCAACCCAAGUACGAUGAAGUUUUGGAAUCCGGUCAGCGCGCUCACUUUCCCACUUCACAGCCGAUCCCGUUCAAUCCCCUUGCACGGACAGCUGUAUAUAUGCCACCUCUCUGCAUAACAGAGAAGCAAAACACGAAGAUCGUGCGGGCGCUUACUCCAUUUCACCAUCUACUGCCCAACUUUAUCCUGCCAUCUCGAGAGUCACUAACUCGGUUUCUGAGUGCGUGGUUUGACAGGGCCUAUGCUCACAUGCUGUUCAUGCACGGGCCCUCCUUCAACCCUGAUUAGCAUCCAGUGGAACUAAUCCUAGCGAUGGCGGCAGCAGGUGCACAGUGUCGGUAUGAGCAUCGACAGGGCCACCUGCUCUUUCAUGCUGUGAAAGCCAUCUUUCAAGAACGGCAGCGGCGGAAGGAAGGGGAAGCGAUCGACGGACAUCAAUUGACUAGCAUCACCGUGACCUCCGACCUGGACGUGACCCGUCCAUCGAUAACGAACAAUAUCAGAUGUCUUCUGAAUCUGAUGAUACUUGCUACUUGGCAACGGGGUCCUGGGUUCGUGAGAGAUAUCUGCGACUGGCAGAGCCUGCUGGUUCGCCUGCUGAGGGAGAGUGGGCUAGUCGAGACCAACAUUCCUACCUCGGCCACGCUCGGCUGGCAAGCGUGGAUACACCUGGAACUAGAUCGCCGCGUCAAGCUCUUUGCAUUUGCUUUGUUAAAUCUCCAAAGCAUUGCGUACAAUCUACCACCUAUACUCCUCAGUAGCGAGGUGAAUCUUCGACUGCCAUGUAUUUGCGGUGAAUGGAGGACUAUUGAUGAGACCCACUGGGAACAAGUCCGUCGCGAUAUCCCGCAUGAACAGCCUCUUUUCCAAGAUGCCCUCGAGUAUUUUCUGAAGCAGAACAGGGCACCGCCGGCAAUCACUCCCACGCCAUCUCCGGCUGCGAGUCUGAUCCUUAUUCACGGUCUGAUUCAUCGAAUCUUGCUCACCCGGCAGGCAUCAAUAUCCAGCCCUGUACCGCAAGUGGAGAUAUUCGAGGCUGCUCUGCAUCGGUGGACUUCCACGUGGCAACUCGCACCGGAGUCGAGUUUGGAUCCGCUCAACCUCAAUGGCCCGAUUCCGUUCACCUCUACAGCUCUAGUAGGCCUCGCUUACACGCGCCUCCAUCUGGACCUCGGACCCUGUAGAUUGCUCGCAACAAGGAAUGCACGAAUAAUCGCUGACGCGCUGGUCAACUCCGAGCCAUUGGUCCCUAGUCCGGGAUUACUAUUAGCCUUGCUUCAUGCCACGCAUGCGUUAAGUAUCCCGGUUAAAGUGGGUGUGGAGUUUGUCUGUCGUAGUUAGCGAUCAGUCUGGAGUAUUCAGCAUGCACUGUGCGGGAUGGAAUUUGCGGUUCUCGUCAGCAAGUGGCUCCACGGCUCCACGCUGUUGGCCGAUCGCAGGAGACAAAACGAAACGCGACUGCUGAACUGGAUUCGUCGGAUAGUAACCGAGGGCCGCGCCUCACUGGAUGAAGACGUUCUCAUGUCAGACGACUUGAAUUGUGAUCAAUUGGCAUACUUUGUUGUCACUUUAUGGGCACACAUCAUGCGCGGAAAUUCCCGGUGGCCGUUUGUAGAUAUGAUUGGACGAAGCUUGGAUCUCUACGCCAGU